AAUCAUACAAUAAUAAUAAUGGAAUUCUGCCAACCCUAAAUACAAGUAAUUAUACUAUCAUUUUAUUUUCUCUAGGAAAAGUUCAUCUGGUGAAGAAGUGUAAAGAAAAUCAAACAGAAAUCACCGAAUUCAUACUUGUGGGAUUCUCAAGUACUGGAAAACUCCAGAUUGUCCUCUUUUGGGUCUUUUUAGCUACUUACCUUGUGACAAUAAUUGGAAACCUGCUCAUUGUAAUUACAGUGUUGACUGAUCGCAGUCUCCGCACCCCUAUGUACUUCUUUUUAGGAAAUUUAUCCUUCUUGGAAAUCUGGUAUGCCACAAAUCUUGUCCCCAGGUUGCUGUUUGGCAUGGUAACCAAGGAUAACAGUGUAUCAUUCGCAGGCUGCAUGAUGCAAUUUUAUCUCUUUGGUGCCCUGGCUGUUGCUGAAUGUCUCCUUCUCACCGUCAUGUCAUAUGAUCGAUAUUUAGCUAUAUGCAAGCCGCUGCAUUACAUGACUCUCAUGGACGGCAAGGUUUGCACUCAGUUAUCAGCUGGAUCCUGGGCAAGUGGCUUCAUAGGAACUUCAAUAACCGUAUGUUUGCUAUCUAAUUUAAAUUUCAGUGGCCCCAAUGAGAUUGACCAUUUCUUUUGUGAUAUUACAUCCCUGAUAAAAGUCUCCUGCUCCGAUACUUACUUGGUUGAGAUCAUGGUUUUCUCCUUCUCUUCAGCUGUAUCCCUGAUCCCAUUCCUCUUAAUCCUGACAUCCUACAUUUGCAUACUCCGGGCCAUCCUGAGGAUCCCUUCUGACACUGGGAGGCAAAAGGCAUUUUCCACCUGCUCCUCUCACCUUAUCAUUGUUAGCACAUUCUAUGGGACUCUGAUUGCAAUGUAUGUGGUGCCUUCCGCAGACCACCCUCUUGUGCUCAACAAGGUCAUCUCUCUGCUUUACACGGUGGUGACCCCAAUGCUAAACCCCAUUGUAUAUAGUCUGAAGAACAAAGAAGUUCAUGAGGCUCUGAAGAAGCUUCUUAGUGCAGUAUUAGUGGCCACAAGAAGGCUCUGAAGAUGACUUCUUAUCUCUUUUUAAAAAUAUUUUAACUAGAGAUGGUCUCAAUUAUUUUCUCUGAUCAUAAACGUUCAGUCUGCAUGCACUGCACUUUAUGUUAAAGGAAAUCUAUCUAUCUAUCUAUCUAUCUAUCUAUUAUAUGUGGGGGGACUAUUAUAGGGAGGGGAAGCUCAGUGGUUUGAGCACUGGCCUGCUAAACCCAGGGUUGUGAGUUCAAUCCUUGAGGGGGCCAUUUAGGAAUCUGGGGCAAAAAUCUGUCUGGGGAUUGGUCCUGCUUUGAGCAGGGAGUUGGACUUGAUGACCUCCUGAGGUCCCUACCAACCCUGAUGUUCUAUGAUUCUAUCUAUCUAUCACCAUGGUGCUUGAGGACAUUUUAAAAAAUCCUACUCUGAAUUGAAAAAAAAUGUUAUUCUGGAUGUCAGAUCAAUGCAUAGAUCCUGAUAGAACAGACCUAAAGACCUCUUCUUGGCAAGAUAUGAAGAAUCUGGCUAAAAGCAAUGUAAACAAUGCUGACAAAUGGAGUUUCUCAUUUGAAGUAAAAGAAUGAAAGACAGAAAAAUCUUUGACUGGGACUUUCAAGGAGGCCUAAGGGAAUUAAGCACUCAACUCCCUUUGGCGUUCAAUCGGAGUUGGGUACUUAACUCCAUAGGCACCUCUGAAAAUUUCAACCUCAAAUAAGAUAGAAGUAUCUGUGAGUUUCCUUGUGUGUCCUUUGUAAGUACAAUGCAGCUUUAAUUGCAUGUUACAAUAUU